AUGUUUCCAACCCCGCCGCCCACCCGAAGCAUCCGCAGCAGGCGACAGGGAGGUUCUUCAGGGGAAGACUCCUGGGAUUCGGCUGGUUCUAGGAUUGAUAGCCAGGAUGACUUUCGCAUGGGAGGUCCAGGGCUUCUCCCUUCCUGGCCUGUCGACAUGAUGCCCUCCACGGGGAUAUCUGCACAGCUCACAGAGGGUCUCAUGAACCUCGCAUUUAUCCAGCUCGCGAGAUACGAACUAAACUACCACCGUAUAAUGGUAGUACAACGGUACUCCAGAGGCCAUGUCCCAACUCCCGCCGACAAUACUCUGUACAUCUCUCUCUAUACUUCAUCUAAUGACAACUGGGUGAAGGCCCUAGAUGACAUGCUCUCUGCCGCGGACCAACUAGGUUUCUCUGGUAGAAUCGAAAUGAUUGACCACCGAGCCCUAGGGGGCAUGAAAAGCUUUGCACCUGACACUUCGAGCCAGUUAGUCCAAGAAUGGGAAGGCAUGAAAACUCUCAUCAUCCGCCGGCUCACUGCCCUUGAAGUGAACUGGAGCGUGGUGGUGCUUCAAAAGAGAGGUUACUGGGAGGAUGUCGCCAUCAACACCGUGGUGAUCAAAGCGUUCAUCUCCUCGAGGGCCUUAGCAAUAACUGCGCGAGAUCGUGUGGCUUUUGAUAUCGAUAGUGCGAUGGAUCAAUUUAAUCUCCAGGUUGAAAUCGUGAGAGCAGACUUGCUUUGGGGAUUAUUUUCUCGCACUUCUUCAAGUUCGGAGAGCCCCAGCCUUGGAUGGCCUUUUACAAACAGCUACAAUUCGAUGGGAAUGAGCAUCGGGCGGACAGAUACACCGGCAAUGGCAGGGACACUGGGUGGCUACCUCCAAUUCACGGAUUCAAACGGCUGCGAACAGUUUCUUGGAGUUACAUGUUAUCAUAUCAUCCGAGAAGGCCCGGAUGGCGAAAUUGACUCGGUUAUCCAGCGAGAUGGAUCAAAAGAUCUCGAGAUCCCAUGCCAGUCUCCAUCAGGGUCUGAUGUGCAGGCUGCAUUCCAAUACGCUAACCGAGAGAUUGGAAUCCCCCCAGAAGGUAUUGAAUCAUUGACAGCGACUCGGCAAGUGAUAGUGAGAAAUGAUCUUGCAAUCAGGGAUCGACAGUUGAGUGAGGUUAGGUCCUUUAAUCCAAACAUCGGAGCUAUCGUCGCGGCUUCAGGGUUUAGAAAUGCAGCUCUAGAUUCUGGGCUUGCUUCUCCCUUUAUUUUACUAGAUUGGGCCAUCCUUCAUAUUAGAAAUGGUCGCGAUUCGCUCAAUUACACUGGAGACCUUGAACAGUCCGCCCCAACUUUGCAGCGGGAAUCCCAAUUUAUUACCAGAAUAGAUCCAAUACCUAAUUCCCAGUCUGCCGUGAUAAAAAAGGGCCGCACAACGGGUGUCACAGUCGGGACAAUAAGUGGCCUCACAUCAAUUGCGAUACGGAUACCGGGCCUUCCUGCCGGCCUGCAUCACCGUGGAUUCGAAAUUUCAAGCGGUCCUGCACCUUUCGCCAAACCUGGGGACUCAGGUUCUUGGGUGCUGAACAUGUCUGGUCAAGUGAUUGGCCUGUUGUUUGGGGGUGAUGUUGCAGAUGGCAGUGCGAUGGUUAUGCCAAUGAACCUCGUGGUCAAAGACAUCGAGGAAAAGGUAGGGAUCCCAAGUGGGACUUUGAAGGUCUGA